AUGAAGUGCUUUUACUUCAAGUUUACACUCAAGGGUAGGGGUCAGAGAUCAGCACCUGAGCUAAAAGAGCAAGAGAAAAGCCAGUUUUCAGGAUCUGAAAGAGUUACAAAGUCUUCUUGUUCAUCUACCUCUUCACCUAGAGGUAUACCAAAACUUUAUGAAGAGAAGGGUCACAAUUUGAGGGUGUUUUCGUUCUCGGAGCUUAAACGUGCAACAAGUGAUUUCAAUAGGCUUCUUAAGAUAGGUGAAGGUGGAUUUGGAAGUGUUUUUAAAGGUUCAAUUAAGCCUGUUGGUGGAAAUGGUGAGAAUGUCUUGGUUGCCAUCAAAAGACUUAACAAAGAUGCAUUGCAGGGUCAUAAGCAAUGGUUGACAGAAGUUCAGUUUCUCGGUGUUGUGGAGCAUCCAAAUCUUGUGAAGCUUAUUGGAUAUUGUGCUUUGGAUGGUGAGAGAGGGAUCCAAAGAUUACUCGUGUACGAAUACAUGCCGAAUAGAAGCUUAGAAGCUCAUCUUUUCAAUAAAGCUUAUGAUCCUGUGCCUUGGAAAACAAGACUUGAAAUUGCACUUGGAGCAGCUCAAGGCUUAUCUUAUCUCCAUGAAGAAUUAGAAGUCCAGGUGAUAUAUCGUGAUUUUAAAUGCUCAAAUGUGCUACUGGAUGAAAAUUUUAAACCAAAACUUUCUGAUUUCGGACUCGCUAGGGAGGGACCGGUAGCGGGUGAUACUCAUGUUUCAACUGCUGUAAUGGGAACACAUGGUUAUGCUGCUCCGGAUUACAUUGAAACAGGCCAUCUCACUUCCAAGAGUGACGUGUGGAGUUUCGGUGUCGUGCUAUACGAAAUACUCACCGGUAGGCGUUCGUUGGCAAGAAACCGGCCAAAAACCGAACAAAAACUAUUGGAAUGGGUGAAGAACUAUCCAUCUGAUAGCAAAAAUUUCGACACGAUAAUGGAUCCAAGACUUGAAAGACAGUAUUCAAUCAACGCGGCGAGAAAAAUCGCAAAGCUCGCUGAUCAUUGUCUGCGUAAGAGCGCCAAAGAUAGGCCUGCAAUGAGUCAGGUGGUAGAGAGAUUGAAGCAAAUAAUACAAGAAUCUGACGAAGAACAAGAACAAGAAAAAGAACAAGAUGAACACGACUCCAAUGAGAUGAACAUUGUUGAGGUAGUUGAAAAUGAAUCGGUUGAGCCGCCUCUAGAAGAGACGAAAUCGUCGGGCUCGACUGAGUUAUGGAGAAAGAGAAUGGAACAUCUUGCAAAACUUGGUGAGCAUGUGGAGGGUGCUAGUAGAAAAAGGUUCAUGAUCCAACAGAGAGCUAAUGUUUCUUCUUAG